AUGUUCGAAACCCAACUUAACCUGGUGUUAAUUCCACAACCAUAUGAUCCCGUGAACCUGCGUUCGUUGAAAUCGACACCAACAUUGGACCAUCUUAACGCUCGGGUCGCCUGGAUUAAGGCCGAUGCCAAGGCAAUUCUGGCCAUUCACGAGCACGUGAUAACCAACAAUGAUCGAUUAUCGGUGCAGCACAACGACUACAACACAUGGACGCUCAACAUACGCGGCGUCAAAAUGGAGGACGCCGGCAAAUACAUGUGUCAGGUCAACACGGAUCCCAUGAAGAUGCAGACGGCCACCUUGGAAGUGGUCAUCCCACCGGACAUUAUAAACGAAGAGACCUCCGGAGACAUGAUGGUCCCAGAGGGCGGAUCCGCCAAGCUCGUUUGCCGAGCACGUGGUCAUCCGAAGCCGAAGAUCACGUGGCGACGCGAAGAUGGCAGGGAGAUUAUUGCCCGCAACGGCUCGCACCAGAAAACCAAAGCACAAUCGGUGGAGGGCGAAAUGCUGACGCUGUCGAAGAUCACGCGAUCGGAAAUGGGCGCCUACAUGUGCAUUGCCUCCAACGGAGUGCCGCCGACGGUGAGCAAGCGGAUGAAGCUACAGGUGCACUUUCAUCCGCUGGUGCAAGUGCCAAAUCAAUUGGUCGGCGCCCCGGUCCUUACGGAUGUCACAUUAAUUUGCAAUGUCGAGGCAUCGCCGAAGGCCAUCAAUUAUUGGCAGCGCGAGAAUGGUGAAAUGAUUAUUGCCGGCGAUCGUUACGCGCUCACCGAAAAGGAGAAUAAUAUGUAUGCCAUCGAGAUGAUUCUGCACAUCAAGCGGCUGCAGUCAAGCGAUUUCGGCGGCUACAAAUGUAUAUCGAAAAACAGCAUUGGCGACACGGAGGGCACCAUCCGUCUAUAUGAAAUGGAGCGUCCCGGGAAGAAAAUCCUCCGUGAUGAUGAUCUCAACGAAGUGUCGAAAAACGAGGUGGUGCAGAAGGACACGCGCAGCGAGGAUGGCUCACGCAACCUGAACGGCAGACUCUACAAGGACCGCGCUCCGGAUCAGCACCCGGCCAGCGGGAGUGACCCGCUGCUCGGACGCGGGACAAUGCGGCUAAUCGGGACAUUUCUAUUAGCCUUAUUGGUAUUAUUCACGGCGCUGGACGAGGCCUGGCCAACAACAUUGUCCUGCCGCACAAAAGGCGGCAGACAAAAGAAGGCCAAGGAAACGAGCUGGAACGGGCGGCGGGGCAGGGACGGCAGAGAGGAUGGGCACGCGGCUGAGUGGAGGCAGUGCUGGGAGAGAUCGGCGCUUAGUUGGAGGCGGUCAGCGCCUCCGGAGUUAGAUUAUUAUAGCUUAAUUCAAUUGUAAUUAUACAAACAAGAUUAUGAUGCAAGGGGCUCCUGCUCCCGAGUCCCGCUCCUCACUCACACACACGCUCACACGGGCCAGGAAACGAAGGCAUUAAUCAAUGGGGAUGGCGGGGCACCACCACUUCACUGGCUAAUCAUCUACGCCCAUGCUAAUUGCAAGGGGGGACGGGACAGGGCUAAUUGAAUGCAUAUUAAAUCAAAAGGAAGAGAGAAAACUAAAGUGUCGUAGUUAAGUGGAAAAGAAAACUCGUUUAAAUGUUACCUCGUUAGUGGAAAAUGAUGGCAAGGAAACCCCCAGUCCCCCACAACUGGACGUCAACUAUAAACCAUAUUACGAUUAAAUGGUGUUCGGCUCUUUAAAUGGCUUUAGCUACUAUAAAGUAAACAAAAGUACGCCCGCAGAAGGACAUUUGCGUACUAUAAAUAUUGAUUACGGUAAAGACAUUGAUACGGAUAUUUCUACAUGUCUAUAUAAUAAGUAACGUUUGUUUCGUUCAAAUAAGACCCUAAUUUGUUGAGUUCGUGUUUCUAGAUGAAAUAUACAUAUACACGUAUACAUGAAUCUAUAUGUAUUAGGUGUUUAAUCAGAAGUUCUGUAUAUAUAUUUAAGGCGCCUGCUCAAAGAGAAGGACAUCCGCGGCUAAAGAAAUACGUUUAGACGAUCCUUGCAUAUCGUAAGCUGUAAAUAUUUACACCCUUAGUGAACCCGAGAAAGUUUCGUUGUUAUUAUGGUAAAAAUGGUUCUAUUUUGGAUCCCUUUGUUGUCACCUUCGUUCUCACGGCUCAAAAGACUAAUACGGCCCUAGAUUUAAGCCAUAUUUGGAAUCCCAUAAGCAUAGUAUCCGCCAAUGGUGUGUGUGUGCGUGAUUUUAGCUUAGAAAAUUUAACACGACUAAUGUUCUUAUACUUUAAAAUAUCUACAACACUGGAAUGUUAGAUUCAAUUUUGAUUUCGGUGUGUUGAGUUGAAGUCUGGGCACUCUAAACUCGAUACAUUGGGAAUUGCAUGUGGUAUAAAAAACGCAAUAACGUGCAUACUUUCAGGCGACUUUAAAUUGUUUACUAUGUAGGAAAGCAUUAUUAUACUUUUGAAAAUUCUUGAUUGUUUGAAUGUAGAAAUUCAAAUAGUUCUUCAGACCUUAUUUUAUUUAUAAAGGAUAUUUGGGGUCCUUCAAUAUUAGAUUUGCGACAUACAUUUCCUAACGCCAGACUCACACACACACACACUGAAGCCAGUCGCAUACUUGUUUCCGUAUUACUUAUGUGUGCGUGUCCAGCUCAAUUCCAUGUUUAAAUAGAACGUAAAGCAAAGGAAAGGAAAUCAGAAUAAACAGAAAUAAAUGUGCCAAAAGCAUUAAAAGCAACUCGAAUUAAAUCAGUGCGCGAGGCGAAGAAAAUAAGCAGAGGUAAUACCGAAUAAAAUGUGUGUGUUCAUAUCUGAAAUACAAAAUACAAAAUACAAGAUACAAGAUACAAAAUACAGUAAUACCCAGACAUAUGUAUAAUCCGCAUACCCAACUCCGUUCCCCCAAAAUCCAGUUGGUAAGAAUUAUUUGAAGGCCGACUACUCAGAUGUACUCUGACUCAUAUAUACGUACCAAAAAGCAAACGAAGGGAGUAUAAUACAUUUUAAAUUUAAUGGAGAUAUGAAUAAAGUAAAGUUAAUUAAAUAUAGGGAAUAUUUUUUUUUGCGGGUACGCGAGUAACGUAAUCGCCUAGCAAAUCAAAGUUACGUUUAACCUACACGUGUAAGGCAAGGAAAAUAAUGAUGAACUCAUCGAAAUGGAAUCCCACAGGCCAUCGCAUUGUUGAAAAAUGAUAACUACGAGUACAUUUAGUGGAAAUUGCGGGCGGGGAUGGCAGGCAAGGUAAACUAACCUAUAGUAAAACUUAAGAAUUAACGAACUAAGCCAGAAAACCAUUCAAGUCAUAAAGCAUUCAAUGUCUACGCUACAGCCAUACGAAAAUAAACCAUAAACGAGAAGAGUAUACAAAUAUUUGACAACUACAUAUCCAAUGAGAAUAUCCAACAAUUUCAAGAUGUAAACCCCAUGUAAAACAAAAACGAAAGUUUGCUGCGUAAUAAUGCGAAAUUCCAUGAUUCUUGAUUCAACAAAAUAACGUAAAGAUAAAAUAGCAUUUAGUUGGAUUUGUGUUUAUGUAUGUACAUAAGAAAUGAGCGAAAACAAGUGUUUGUACUGUAAAAUCUGAUAAUGAAACUGAAUAUUCAAAACGCGCAAUCGAAAAGACCCCAC